GCACCGGCAUCCGCCCCACGGGAAGAAUGCCCUGCCCUGCCUUACCCUGCCUUACCUUACCUUACCUCUUCUCCUGCUAGGAGCGUGUCGCAGGCCGCCCGUGUGAACGGGAGACGAAGGCGAGCGGCUGUGCCCAGAGGAACCUGGCAAGGGGAGGCGGAGAAAGCGCCGGCUUUGGUUUCUCCCGUUGCUUGGGAGCCGGACGCCGGCUGCCCGUGCCCAGUCCUUCGCCCCCGCCAGGAGGGUCUGCGGAGGGCGCCGGCGAGGAGGGAUUCGGGCGGGAUUCGGGCGGAGGUGUUGCGGGAGGGCGGGGGACGGAGCCCGUGCGCCCUGGGCGCACCAGCGCCAGAAAGGAGACCGAGGCAGAAGGAGGCGCGCCGCCACUUCCCGUCCUGUCCCAGCACCUCGGGGCGUCCCCGCUCCCCAAAAUGCGCAGCAAAGGCAGGAAAGAGAGCCUCUCCGACUCCCGGGACCUCGAUGGCUCCUACGACCAGCUGACGGGCAACCCACCUGGGCAUGCUAAAAAAGCCUUGAAGCAGCGGUUCCUCAAGCUGCUGCCCUGCUGCCGCCAGCCCAAAUCCAUCCCUUCAAUCAGCGAAAACAGUGUAGAAGAUGAGUUUGAGCUCUCUACAGUAUGUCAUCGGCCUGAGGGCUUGGACCAGCUACAGGAGCAAACCAAGUUCACCCGUAAGGAGCUGCAGGUCUUGUACCGAGGCUUCAAGAAUGAGUGCCCUAGUGGCAUUGUUAAUGAAGAGAGCUUCAAGCAAAUCUACUCACAGUUCUUCCCACAGGGAGAUUCCAGUACAUAUGCAACUUUCCUUUUCAACGCAUUUGACACCGAUCAUGAUGGCUCAGUCAGUUUUGAGGAUUUUGUGGCCGGGUUGUCCAUUAUUCUACGUGGCACUAUAGAUGAUCGGCUCAAUUGGGCCUUUAACCUCUAUGACCUGAAUAAAGACGGCUGUAUUACCAAAGAGGAAAUGCUGGACAUAAUGAAAUCCAUCUAUGACAUGAUGGGCAAGUACACGUACCCAGCCAUGCAUGAAGAGGCACCUCGGGAGCAUGUGGAAAAUUUCUUCCAGAAAAUGGACCGAAACAAGGAUGGUGUGGUGACUAUUGAAGAAUUCAUAGAGUCCUGCCAAAAGGAUGAAAACAUCAUGAGUUCCAUGAAGCUCUUUGACAAUGUGAUCUAGCUAGCUACUCUCGAAGCCCAGAUCUUCACAUGCCC